CAUUAUUAUUGUUUUGGGUUUUUUCGUCCUCGUCUCAUGUUGUUUUGAGAUCUAAAGACUUCAAAAACUCCUCAAUAUUUCUCAGUUUUAAUCAAAUUUCUCGUACUUAAGAUUGUUAAGUAGUCAAUGCUUUAAUAUUUUGUUCAUAUGUUUUUUGUGAGUCCUCUGUGGGAGUUUCACAACUUGUGAUCUCCAGCAUGGCAACUUGAUCUCUUCUCAUCUUUCACUAGUCAGUGCAUCUGUUUUUUGAGUAGUUCUUCCUGUUUUUCAGAUGAAGUAAAAUGGAUGUUUUGAAUAAAUUUUGCUCAACGGUCAGCAGCACUGUUUCUCAGUUAUCAGCGGCUUUACCUGGGAAUCCAGUCACUAGAGAAUUUGAAGCCACAGAGCAUAUUGCCAGUGUUGGUCAAGGUCUCCUGUGGAAAGUUUACAGUGGCUACAAGAAAUCUACCAGGCAGGAAGUUUCAAUUCUAGUUUUGGAAAAGAAGCAGCUAGAAAGAUGGCAGCGAAACGAGAGAGAAAUUAUUUUAGAAACUCUGAGAAGAGGCAUUGCACAACUAACGCGGUUGAGGCAUCCUCAAGUUUUGGUUGUAUGUCAUGCUCUUGAAGAGUCUCGGGACAGUUUAGCUUUUGCCACCGAACCCAUUCUUGCCAGUUUAGCAAAUGUGUUGGGUGUCCAUGAAAAUAUGCCAACACCACUACCAGCGCAGUUGAAAAAUUAUAAGUUACUGGAAAUUGAGGUCAAAUAUGGUUUACUACAGAUUGGAGAAGGACUUGCCUUCCUACAUAAUGAUGCUAAAUUACUGCACCGCAAUAUAUGCCCAGAAAAUAUCAUAAUUAACCAACAAGGAGCUUGGAAAUUAUUUGGUUUUGAAUUUUGUGCUCCUAACUCUAGUGACAAGCAUGAUAUGGCGUGUGCCUUUCGCAGUGAUUUACCACCAAUUGCCUCACCCAACAUUGAUUACAUUGCGCCAGAGUGUGUGACAUCAGAGACGCAAUCAUCCGCCAGCGAUGUUUUUUCUUUGGGUAUUCUAACGUAUGCAGUACACAAUGAUGGCCGCCCCCUAUUUUCACCAUCUGACAUUCAUGGCUAUCGAAGAAACAUGUCUGAGCUCAAGAGCCUGCCAUCAUCCAAACUCAUCAACAUACCCCCAGGUCUCCGAGAUGUGGUCAAAUUGAUGCUUAGCACAACACCAGAGUUGCGACCUGAAAUUCAUGACUUUAUCAAAGUUGACUUUUUUGAAGACGUUGGUGUGAAAACUCUGAAUUAUUUGGACUCACUUUUCCAAUGGGACAAUCUUCAAAAAUCUCAGUUUUAUAAAGGUCUUCCGCAAGUUAUUGAAAAAUUACCUCACAGAGUGUGUAUUUACAGAAUAGUGCCCUGUCUAGUUAAAGAAUUUGUUAACCCUACAAUGGUUCCAUUUGUUCUACCCAAUGUCCUAUCAAUCGCAGAAUCAAGUACAAAGGAAGAAUUUGUCCACCAUAUCCUCCCGCACUUGAAACCAGUCAUGAAAUUACAGGAACCAAUUCAAACACUAUUGAUUUUCAUGCAGAAAAUGGAAUUGCUUUUGAAUUUGACACCAGCAGAUGAAAUUAAGUCAGACGUGUUACCAAUGCUUUAUCGAGCUUUAGAGUCGGAUGUACAGCAGAUACAAGAGCUGUGUCUUGCAGCCCUACCGACUUUUGCUAGUCUCAUCGAUUAUCCUUCAAUGAAAAAUGCCCUUUUACCUAGAAUUAAAAGGCUGUGUGUGUCUACAUCGUAUAUUUCCGUUCGCGUCAACUGUCUUGUCUGUCUUGGAAAACUGUUAGAGUUCCUAGACAAAUGGCUCGUUCUUGACGAAGUACUUCCUUUCCUACCACAGAUUCCAUCUCGAGAACCAGCAGUUCUUAUGGGCAUUUUAGGUAUCUACAAACUAGUUCUAAAUCACAAAAAAAUGACAGUUUCUAAGGAAGUAAUGGCAACAAAAAUCAUUCCCUUUUUAAUGCCCCUCAGUAUUGAGAAUUCCUUGACCUUAAAUCAAUUUAACGCUUUAAUCUCUAUCAUAAAAGAGAUGGUAAAUAGGGUGGAAGCCGAGCACCGUGUGAAAUUAGAACAGUUGAAUUCAAUCCAAAGCCAGCAGUCAGCAAUGAAUCCCUCCUCCAAAGCAUCACAGAAUGUCUCAUCUGCUGAGCCUUUUUCCCUGGAACAAAUUUUAGGAAUGAAUGGAAAUCAACAAAAAUCCGAUGACAAUAAAUUUAAAAGUAACACCAGUGAAACCCUAACGUUUCAAGAUAAACAAAGACUCGUGCAACAGCAGGAUGUUCAGAAGAGGUUACAAAGUGAACCGGUUCUAAGCCCGACUCCAGCACCACAGAAAGCACCCCCUCAAGUCAGAGAUUUGACUGCUAGUUUAAUAGAAAACAAUUUAUCCCAAAUGUCUUUUUCUCAACAUUCCAACCCUCCCCAAUCCAAUUUUCCCUCAAAUCAAAGUACAAUGAAUCUGGGUUCAACGGGCUUUAGUUCUUUCUCUCAGACACCGGCGUUGCUUCCUGCAACACAACCAGCAUUCAUGUCUUCGCAAAUGAGACCACAAGCUACCAGCUCUCAGUUCCCAUCCUUACCAAAUCUACCCCAAAACAAUCUUAGUCAACCUGGGUUUAAUUUCUUGUCCAUGAAUGCAACGGCCCAGUCUCCCCUAAAUUCUUCAAUGAUUUCACCCAUGAAUACAUUCCCAUCCAUUAAGUCAACUCCAUCUAUGUCUAUGAAUAAUACUUUCCUAAAUAACUCUAUGAAUUCGCAGCCUACUAAACCAUUGUCCUCCUCUGAAAUUGACGAUUUUUUGAGUUAACCAUCACUUGAUCUAUUUAUUUCUAGUUGAUUUGCACAGCUUUUGCUUAUUUUUUUUUUUUUUUUUUAGUAUUGUAUUAUUCUCAGACUAAUGUUCAUGAAGCUUGUCAGUUUUUGUUUUUUUUUUCAAUGUUUUUGUGAUCUUUUCUAAUUUUGCUGUGAAUCUGUCAGCAAACUCAUCAGUUUUAAGUGGACAUGCAUUUUUAACAAAUCAUUGUGUUCUUCCUUGUAUGCUCGGAUACAGACUAUGCCAUCACGACUAUCCUUGCAAAAUUCAAGAGAGCAUGUGUUAUGAGCUCUUUAGUAAAAUUGUAUAAAGUUCAAAACUGUCUGUAUUUUCUCCCAUGUGGCUGUGUUGAGGUCAUGUACGUAAACAAAACUGAAAAAAGUUUGAAGUAACACAAGAUAUCACAUUCAUUUUACGUACUUAAAAACAUUUUCAGGUCUUCAGCUUGCAAACAUAGAAGGUUAAUUUUUUUCAUAGAAAAAAGAGACUUCACUAACAGAAGUGAGAGCUUUAUGAGGACCUAUACCCAAGUUGUUCCUUUUGAGAUUGGCUAUUUUUACACCCCUUUUUUCCAAAUCCAUGACUUUUUAACUAAUUUAAAAUUUGAGGGCUGAGUUAUGUCAAUGUGAUUUUCAUUACAAUGUAAAUGGUAGAACCUAAAUUAGUAGCUCUAUGUAGAGAAGUAAACUCCGUUUUAGUUAAACAAAUUUAUUUUUUAACAAUCGAGCUCCCCAAAAUAUCAACCAUCUGCAGACAUAAACAGUUUUUUUUUUUUUUACCCAUAUUUGCUUCAAUGAAACAGACAUAGCCAGAGGUUGCAUUUCUGUUGGUGUGGUCUAUUUAUUCAAUAAUUUUUUACUAUUCAAAAGCAGUCCUUAUUACAAAUUUGUUUCAGCCUGAAAGAUAAUAUCAUAGCAACUGCUUAGUUCCUCUAGAGCAUAUCUCGAGUUUUAUGUCUAAAGAAUCCUCUCAGGAUCUGGAAAUUCCUCUGUUCGUGGUCAAAAUUCUUGCAUAAGCUGUAAUUUUAAGCUUUCCUAAAAUUGUCUGCUUUUUCGUCAGUAUACGUUUCCUUUUUGCCAAAAGGCAAUUAACAUCCUAAAAGAUUUCUAAUCAUCGGGACCCUUUUAAUUUAUCUCUGAUGGCUUUUGUACUUUUUUUUUUAUUUAUUUAUUCAAUUUAUCUUAAGUGUCUUUGUAAUUUUACAAUCCUGUUAUUCCAAUCACUGAAUACCAUUCCAAUAAAUAACCACUGUUAUCCA